AUAUGCGGAGUAACUUUUUAUUGUCCAAACACGAUGAAUUACAUACGCUCUGUAGAAUUUCUUGCCUGUUAUACAUUGUUAGAAUGUGUUAAAUUAGACAAGUGCAUUUUCCAGAAUUAUAAACUAUCCAAGACCAUCAGGAAACCUUGCCCAGUUAGUCGUCAUUCGUGAAGUUUAUAGUGUAGCUGAGUGAAGUGCCGGUCAUUCAAACUUAGACACUUCGACCCUCCUAGUCUGAAUUUAUGUGUUUUACAAGACAGUGAAACGAAUCGCACUUACAGAAAACGGGUAUUUUGUUCUAAACACUUGACAUCGGAAGUAUUGAAGGAAAAUUGAUGACAAUUGAGUAUAAUAGGUUAUUGGUGCAACUGUCUAGGAGUUUUGCCUAUCUGACGGUGCGAGAUCGACUUCCUAUUACCGUAACAAAAGUAAUAGACUGCUUAGUAAGGGAUAAGGAAAAAAUAGUGAAGACUCUUGGUGAGUAUACGAGGGAAGAACUAAAGAAGAUUAUAGGCUCAUUUUCUGAAUUGAAAAAUGAGUUACUAACAGAUAAGCCAUUUAAAGCGAUUACUUCAGAUGGACCAGAUGUUUCAUCAUGGAAUGCUUAUUACAUGAAAGAGAAUGAGAGAGAAGGUUCAGAACCAAGGUGGUUCCAUACCUCAUGGCUUUAUGCAGAAUGCUACAUGUACCGCAGGAUACAUGAGGCAUUUGAACUGAGCAUCAGCAUGAAGACAUUUGAUCCAUUCCAUAAACAGAAGAAAGAGGCUUUCUUUAGCUCACUUGCUUCUGUGAUUAUCCUGGGAGACCAUGUUUGGCAGCAAUGCCAGAUGGGAAACUUACCACAAUUAGCAAUGAAGGAGGAAUUGCUGCGACUUAUCAAGGUGGCCUUAUGGGGAAAUCAGCAUGAUCUAUCACGUCCCAGUGGUUAUGAACUUCCUGAGGAAUCUAAUCUUUUUGAACAUAUUGAUCAGUUGCAUGAGUGCAUUUUAAUUGAUGACUCAGAGUGCAUUUGGUCAAUCCUAACGGCUGCUGUCAAAGGCAACAGUGUCAUUGAUAUUGUCAAUGAUAAUGCUGGAUAUGAGAUUUUUACAGACCUCUGUCUCGCAGAUGUUCUGUGCACAUUCUCUUUGGCAGACAAGGUACGUUUCCAUGUAAAAGCUAUGCCAUGGUUCAUAUCAGACGCAACAAAGUAUGAUUUCUACUGGGUUCUUCAAAUGAUGGCUGAACUUUCACAUAAAUCUUCAAGUUUGCCAGCACUAGCCACCAGAUGGGAGGAAUAUUUACAGUCGGGGAGAUGGAUGGUAGAGGCUGAAGAUUUCUGGACACUGCCUCAUUCUUAUAACAAGAUGAAAGCAACAGACAACAACUUGUAUAAUAAACUUUCUGAAGCUACAUUGGUGAUUUUCAAGGGUGAUCUUAAUUAUCGAAAACUUGUAGGUGAAACAAACUGGUUAGCCACAGAGAGUUUUGCAAAUGCUCUUCAAGGGUUUCAUCCAGCUCCUCUGGUGACUCUGCGAACCUUAAAAGCAGAUCUUAUUUGUGGUCUGCAGCCUGGACAAGCUGAAAUGAUUGCUGCAAAGUCACGUGAUUGGAUGAUAAGUGGAAACUAUGCUGUUAUUCAGUUUGAUGGAUAAUAAACACCAACUUCUUAUCCCCUUUUACUUGGCUGUUUUUCUACGUCUAUCAAUACUUAGGAAUUAUUAAUAAGUGAGGUAGAGUUCAAGGGUUAAGGUACAAUAGUAAAAAAUCAAGAUUAUAUUCAGGAUGUAAUGAGCAAAUUACAUUUGGAAUUGUCAUCUUCCUGUCUCUUCUUUGUAAAUGUAAGGUAAAAAUGUAUAAGGUUAUAAUUUUAUCUCCUGCUUUAUAUGGGAAUGAAACUUGGUGGGUCUCUUUGUCACUGAGAAAGAAAUGCUGAAGAGAAUUAAAUAUAUUGCAAGAAUGAGGGUAAUUACACAAUGAAUUUUGCAGUUUAUACUCUCCAGUCAGUGUUCCUAGGAUAAUUAAACUAUUAAGUGUCAGAUGGGCAAAACAUGGGGCAUAUGUAAAAAAGAAAAGAGAAAUGAAUAUAAACUUUGUUGGAAAAUCUGAAAAUAGAGGAUAGCUUAAAAUAUGUGGUACUUUCUCUUCUUAAAAUAGACAAGUGAAGGUUUGUGUGUGUGUGGAGAGAUUAUCUUGUGGAACAUGUAAGAAAAUGGUACAGUUCUCACUUUCAAUAUGUGCAAGCAUCAAGGGUUUUUAAACUUGCAUCUCUUAAAAGUUUCAUAGUUUUAUUUGAAAAAGUGUUACAACAUGUAGCAAUGUAUUUCCAGAAAAUAGAAUGUCAAACAGUGGCCAGAUGUGGCAUUAAUCAUAAAACUGAAUGAUUACUGCUCAGAUCAUUCAUUAGAACACCCUUGACACUUUUUAUCAAUCAUAUUACUGUAACAUAAUAAAUGUUUCUACCAUGUAUUUUCAAUAUGUUGAAUUAUGCUAGCAGAAUUAUUUGUUGUGUUAUCAGAACAUGAACUGAGCUGAUCACAGCCCAAUGUGU